AUGGAUGAAUCUCGCCGAUGCAUCGGCGAUGUUCAUCCAGAUCAAGGUGCGAUCCCGGCACAUCUCUGCGCUCUCAAAAAGCUCACGUGGCUCAACCUGUCCUCCAACCAGCUCAGCGGCCCGAUCCCGCCAGAGCUAGGGAACCUCGCAGCGCUGCAACACGUCGACCUUGAAGACAACGAGCUAAGCGGCCACAUCCCACCGGAACUAGGGGCUCUCGGCGAGCUGCAGGAGCUGCGGCUCGGAAACAACGAGCUUACAGGCCCUAUCCCGCAGGAGCUGGGAGAUCUCCGAGAGCUGCGGGAGCUGUGGCUUUCCACCAACCGGCUCACAGGUGAAAUCCCAGCGUUGCUAGGACAGCUCAGGAACCUGCAGGUGCUCAGUCUACACAGCAACACGCUCACAGGAUCUGUGCCAGCACACCUCUUGAAGCUCGUCUACCUGGUAUCCGUGCAACUCCGCGGCAACAAGUUCAGUGGUCCUGUGCCGUCAGUGAAGGAGCUGAAAGAUCUUCGUCGUGCUGUGGUUUCGUCGGGCGACAAGUGCACAGGUGUGACCGGUCGGGGCUAG